AGCAUUAAGAAUAUAUACAAUACUGUCCCUUUAGCCUAAUUUUAACACUAAAAACUACGGUUACAUGCAGAUAAAGUUGUGUCAAAAGUAAGUGAAGUUGCUCUGAGGAAUAAUGGCUGACGUAAAGAAAAGUCGCGAAAGUCUAGACCCUCGCCUCCAGUCUGUAAUGGAUAAACUAACCGAGGAGCAGAUAAACGAGUAUCAAGAUGCGUUUAAUUUCUUCGAUAAGGACAAGAAUGGCUAUAUUACUACCAGAGAGCUGGGCGCAAUCAUGAGAUCUCUUGGUCAAAACCCGACGGAGACAGAGCUACAAGACAUGGUGAACGAAGUUGAUUACGACGGUAACGGUGUAAUUGACUUCCAUGAGUUUGUUAACAUGAUGAUAAACCAAAACAACAACACACUCGAUGCAGACGAACUUAUUGAAGCUUUUCGUACUUUCGAUGGAGACGAUAAAGGUUAUAUAUUUUCAAGCGAAAUCCGCUACGUCCUUCGGCACAUGGGAGAAGAAAUAUCCGAACAAGUUAUCAAUGACAUUYUACAGGACUCUACACACGGUAGAAAGAGGAAAAUUACUUUUGNGAGUGGGAAACGGACGCUUCAGGAUUCCUGUGGUUUUAAGGAAGAGAGGAAACUAAGAAUGAAAGCUAGUCCCCAGUUCACUGGUUCAGUUUUCACAAGCAAAGCAUUAAAUGGAGACAUGAAUGUACACCAUGAUGMGCAAAACUCUGUCAAAUGCCUCUGCAUUUUAAUAUUCAUGAAAGCUGAAGCAGUGCAAAAAAAGCAUUAA